AAGUGGUGAAGGUUACAUAUAUACAUAUAUAGAGAGAGAGAAGAAAUGCUUAAUGGGGAAGGUCGUAUUCAGCCCAAUGCCAUCGUUUCCCCUGUCACGUUAAAUACUAACAAAUUAAACUAACAAAGCAAACAGCCAAAGAGAAAAUGUCUGCAGAGCAUUUGCUGUUAACCGUUGACGACUCUGAUCAUCAACACAGUAAUCAUCAUGAUCGUGGGGUGAAAUUCGAGAUUCGUGGUUUGAGGAAAGUAUCGGAAGCGGGCGUUCCUAUACUUAACGGGAUCAGCGUCGAUAUCCCCAAAGGGAUGAUCGUCGGGAUCAUCGGACCAAGCGGGAGUGGGAAAUCGACGAUGCUUCGAGCACUCAAUCGCCUUUGGGAGCCUCAGUCGAACACGGUGUUCCUUGACGGUCAUGAUAUUGUUGAUCUUGAUGUUCUUGGACUUCGCCGUAAAGUGGGCAUGCUCUUCCAGCUCCCUGUUCUCUUUCAAGGCACUGUGGCAGAUAACAUUCGAUAUGGACCACGUUUGAGAGGAAAGAAGUUAAGUGAUGAGGAAGUUUCCAAGUUGCUAACACUUGCAGACCUUGAUUCCUCCUUUCUCAGUAAGACUGGUGGUGAAUUAUCUGUGGGCCAAGCUCAGAGAGUUGCACUGGCUAGGACACUAGCAAAUGAACCAGAGGUUUUGCUGCUGGAUGAGCCAACAAGUGCAUUGGAUCCGAUUUCGACACAGAACAUAGAGGAUGUGAUAGUGAAGCUUAAGAAGAAAAAGGGAAUGACUGUUGUAAUGGUUUCUCACAGCAUCAAGCAAAUCCAAAGGGUGGCAGAUGUAGUUUGCCUUCUUGUCAAUGGUGAAAUUGUUGAGGUAUUGAAGCCUGGUGAGCUAUCUGAAGCCAAGCAUCCCAUGGCACAAAGGUUUCUUCAACUAAGUAGCUAAAUACUUCUGUCAGUGUUUGUAUUUUACCUUUUCUUUUUCUUUGUGUUUGGGGUUUUGAUGUUAACUUUGGUGUAAAACAAUAUUUGACAUUGCAAGCUGAUGUUUGAUUUAUAUCUUAAUGCCCUGAAUAUGACCAAAAUCAA